UGUUUGGGUGUGGACCCACCAGUCCCUGAUCCUGCUUGCCGCAGCUGGUGACCUGGUUGGUUCUCCUCCGGUUUGAGGCAGAAGUGUUCCUGGAGAGAUGGCGGAGCAGCACGGAGCACCUGAGCAGGCUGCAGCCGGCAAGAGCCACGGAGGCCUUGGGGGCAGUUACAAGGUGACGGUGUACGAGUUGGAGAACUUCCAGGGCAAGCGAUGCGAGCUCUCGGCGGAGUGUCCCAACCUCACGGACAGCCUGCUGGAGAAGGUGGGCUCCAUCCAAGUGGAGUCUGGACCGUGGCUGGCGUUCGAGCGCAGGGCCUUUCGUGGGGAGCAGUUUGUUCUGGAGAAGGGGGACUACCCUCGCUGGGAUGCCUGGUCCAGCAGCCGACGUAGUGACAUUCUCCUGUCCCUCCGUCCUUUGCACAUUGACGGCCCAGACCACAAGCUGCACCUGUUUGAGAACCCAGCCUUCAGUGGGCGCAAGAUGGAGAUCGUAGAUGAUGAUGUGCCCAGCCUGUGGGCCCAUGGUUUCCAGGACCGUGUGGCCAGCAUCCGUGUCAUCAACGGGACGUGGGUGGGCUACGAGUUCCCAGGCUACCGCGGGCGCCAGUACGUGUUCGAGCGGGGCGAGUUCCGCCACUGGAAUGAGUGGGACGCCAACCAGCCGCAGCUGCAGUCGGUGCGCCGCAUCCGCGACCAGAAGUGGCAUAAGCGCGGCUGCUUCCUGAGCAGCUGAGGACUCCGGGAGUCAACGGCCUGUGUCCCCUUCCUGAACCUGCUCAAUAAAGCCCACCAGCCACGCA